AUGACACUUAAUACCGCAAAAAUGACAAAGAUAGACCUGUCCUCGUUCGAGCGGGCCAAUGAAGCGGUUUCUUAUCUCAGAACCAAGUUGCCAGAGACCCUGCAAAAGCCUCAGGUCGCAAUUGUAUGUGGCUCAGGACUAGGAGGGCUUGCAGAUACCAUUCAACCCGAGUCACGGGUUGAAUUUGACUAUGCAUCCAUCCCCCACUUCCCUCGCUCAACAGUCGUUGGUCAUGCUGGAAAGUUGGUUUUUGGUCUUCUCGGCCAGAAAAUCCCUGCGGUGUUGAUGGUUGGCCGUGCUCAUUAUUACGAGGGGCACUCGAUUGAUCAGGUGGCAUUCCCAAUUCGAGUGUUCAAGCAGUUGCAAGUGAAUACGGUUGUCUUGACGAAUGCGGCCGGAGGUUUGAAUUCUGAGUAUGCUGUGGGGGAUAUCGUUCUAUUGAAUGAUCAUCUCUUCCUCGCAGGUCUGGCAGGAACUCAUCCAUUGAGAGGAGCCAAUGAAGAUGAAUUUGGAGUGCGCUUCCCACCCCUGUCUGACGCCUAUGACCUUGAGCUCCGUCGCCAUGUGCAUCAGUCAUGGAAGAAAGUCAUAUCGCCGGAAAGCAAGAGAAAGUUGCACGAGGGUGUAUAUGCAUUCUGCGGAGGUCCCACCUACGAGACAAGAGCGGAAAGCCGGAUGCUUCGAAUGCUCGGUGCCGAUGUGGUUGGAAUGUCCACAGUACCGGAGAUUGUCACCGCCAGACAUUGUGGCCUGCGAGUGCUUGCCUUUAGUUUGGUCACUAAUAAGGCAGUGUUGUCUCCUGUGCCUCGCGGAGAUGACGAUUUGCUCCAGAAUAAAGCAGCAGGCGAACUGAGCGCUCUUCUAGAGGAGGGCAUGGCAGGACACGAAGAGGUUCUUGAAGCCGGUCGCGCGGCAGCCAUUGACAUGCAGAAACUGGUUGUCGAAACCCUUGUGGAUGUCUUUGAUAGUGUUUAA